UUACGUCAAAGAACUUAAUUGAAAAUGAGUGGAAGAGGGAAAACCGGAGGCAAGGUUAGGGCGAAGGCCAAGACUCGUUCUUCCAGGGCUGGACUUCAGUUCCCCGUGGGCCGUGUGCACAGGCUGCUGCGUAAAGGUAACUAUGGCGAGCGUGUUGGCGCUGGUGCACCGGUCUACUUGGCCGCUGUGCUCGAGUACUUGACGGCUGAGAUCUUGGAGUUGGCCGGCAACGCUGCCCGUGACAACAAGAAGACUCGUAUCAUUCCCCGCCAUCUGCAGCUGGCUGUCCGUAACGACGAGGAGUUGAACAAGCUGCUCGGCGGAGUGACCAUCGCUCAGGGUGGUGUUCUGCCUAACAUCCAGGCUGUGCUUCUGCCCAAGAAGACUGAGAAGUCCAAGUAAAUUGGUUUCUCAAAUUCCAUCAACGGUUCUUUUAAGAGCCGCCCACUUAUAUCAUUUUAAAGCUCUUUCCAUGUUGCAUCUGGUAAUUUGAAUUGUCCAUGUUCUUCACCCCAGUUAACAUUUAUCUUGAACACAAUCAGAAUCCGCUAACUUCAUAUCCUCUAAGAUUUGAAUAUAAAUAUAGUGCAAGGCAGUUCAGUGCUAUA